ACACUAAACUGAUCAGUCAGUCACAAGCACUCACGAGAAGAAGAAAAUGGAGAAGAAAAGCAUCAGUAGAAGAGCACACUGUUUGGUGUUGAUAUAUCCAAUUCAAGGCCACAUCAAUCCCAUGCUUCAAUUCUCGAAGCUAUUGGAACACGAAGGUGUGAGAGUAACACUAGUCACCACUCUUUCCUACUGCAACAACCUUCAGACUGUGCCUCCUUCUAUCGCCAUUGAAACAAUCUCUGAUGGGUUCGAAAACGACACGAGAGAAGGUGGAGAAUUGAAGGGUUAUUUGGAUAGGUUUUGGCAAGUAGGGCCACGAAGUUUCGCUCAGCUUCUUCAGAAACUUGGUGAAGCAGAAGAAGAUGUUGUUGAUUGUGUUGUUUACGAUUCAUGCAUACCUUGGGCUCUUGAUGUUUCCAAGGGAUUUGGGAUAGUUGCAUCUUCUUAUCUCACUCAGAGUAUGAGUGUGAAUAGUAUAUACUAUCAUGUUCUCUUGGGAAACUUGAAAGUUCCACUCACACAGGAUCAGAUUUUUCUUCCUUCAUUGCCCGAACUUCAUCUUCGGGACAUGCCUUCUUUCUUCUUUGAUGAAGAUCACACUGUGCUUGAUUUUGGUGUGGCUCAGUUCUCCAAUAUUCACAAAGCUGAUUGGCUCCUGUGUAACACGUUCUACGAGCUGGAUCCGGAGGUAGUAGAUUGGGCUGUGAAGAUUUGGCCAAAUCUUAAGACCAUAGGACCAAAUAUACCCUCUUUCUUCUUAGAUAAAAGAUGUGAAAAUGAUGAAGAUUAUGGAGUUACACAAUACAAGAGUGAAGAACAUUGCAUGGAAUGGUUAGAUGAUAAACCUAAAGGGUCUGUUGUUUAUGUAUCAUUUGGGAGUAUGGUUAAACUGGGUGAGGAACAAAUGGAAAAAAUUGCUUGGUGUUUGAGAGAGUGUUCGAGUUAUUUCUUGUGGGUGGUGAGAGCUUCUGAAGAAACCAAACUUCCUAAAGAUUUUGAGAGAAAAACAGAAAAGGGUUUGGUAGUAAAAUGGUGUUCCCAGUUGAAAGUUCUUGCUCAUGAGGCUGUCGGGUGUUUUGUGACACACUGUGGUUGGAAUUCAACGUUGGAAACUCUGUGCUUAGGAGUUCCAACAGUUGCAGUACCGUGUUGGUCAGAUCAGAACACAAAUGCGAAGUAUGUUGCUGAUGUUUGGAAAAUUGGAAUCAGAGCUUCAACUGAUGAGAAUAAUGUUGUUGAUGGAGAAUCUCUGAAGCAUUGUGUAGAAGAGAUAAUGGAAAGAAACAAUGAGAUGAAGAACAAUGCCAUUCGAUGGAAGACUUUAGCUGUGAGAGCUGUCAGUGAAGGUGGAAGUUCCUAUGAAAAUAUCAUACAAUUUACGAAUAGUUUGUUGCAUUGAUAAGUUUCAUGUUUCAUCUGUACUAAAUCUUAUUUUUCUCCUUUGUAUUUUGACAUGAACUAUGUUAGAAAUACUUCUUGAUGAGACAAAUAACUUAUUUUUAUAU